AUGGAUUCUGGGGCGUCUUCCCCUGAGAAGCAGGAUAAGGAGAAUUUAGUGGGCAUUAACAAAAAUCGUCUUGGUGUGUGUGGCUGGAUUCUGUUUUUGCUUUCUUUGCUGUUGGUGAUCAUUACCUUUCCCAUCUCCAUAUGGAUGUGCGUGAAGAUCAUUAAGGAAUAUGAACGUGCUGUUGUAUUCCGGCUGGGGCGCAUCCAAGCUGGUAAAGCCAAGGGACCAGGUUUAAUCCUGGUCCUGCCCUGCAUAGAUGUAUUUGUCAAAGUUGAUCUCCGAACAGUUACUUGCAACAUUCCUCCACAAGAGAUCCUCACUAGAGACUCCGUGACUACCCAGGUGGAUGGAGUCGUCUACUACAGAAUCUACAGUGCUGUUUCAGCAGUGGCUAAUGUCCAUGACGUCCACCAAGCCACAUUUCUGUUGGCACAGACCACUCUGAGAAAUGUCUUAGGGACACAGACCUUGUCUCAGAUCUUAGCUGGGAGAGAAGAGAUCGCCCAUAGCAUCCAGACCUUGCUGGAUGAUGCCACUGAGCUCUGGGGAAUCCGAGUGGCCCGAGUAGAAAUCAAAGACGUCCGGAUUCCUGUGCAGCUGCAGAGGUCCAUGGCGGCAGAGGCAGAAGCUACGCGGGAGGCCAGAGCCAGGGUCCUUGCAGCAGAGGGAGAAAUGAAUGCAUCUAAAUCUCUGAAGUCAGCCUCCAUGGUGCUGUCAGAAUCCCCCAUCGCACUGCAGCUGCGUUACCUACAGACCUUAACCACUGUGGCCACCGAGAAGAACUCCACCAUAGUGUUUCCUCUGCCCAUGAACAUUCUAGAGGGCAUGGGUGGUAUCAGCUACGAUAGCAACAAGAUGGUCAGUAAAAACAAGGUCUGAGGCUUUCACUCUAGCCAGGCCAUUGCUUAGAGAGUUCUAUGUACCCUAUGGCAAAGCCAGCAGUUAGUAGUAUGACAAUUCCAGCACUAUUCCAGCCACAGUAACUCCACAGCUGGAAUAGCAUUAACAGGGCAAAGGCAAGG